GUUGGAAAGCAUAUUUCGGAAAUGAAGCAGAUAGUGAAUAUCCUUUCAUUCCAGAUGUGAAUAUUAAUGCAUCCAAAUUAUUUAAACAAGUACCUAAAGUAUUUAAUUUAGGGAAUAUUCGAUUAGAUAUUUAUACUUAUCUUCAUGGAAUUAUCAGAAUACGUGUUUAUAAAAAAAGUAAUGAAUGGGAUUUAAUUUGUGAAGAAAUUAAAAAAACUAUAUAUGAUAAAAAUAUAAAAAUAGACAUGUGCAAGAUAUUUAAGAGUGAUAUUGCUAUAGUAACAGAUAUCGGCGUUUUUAUUUUUCAUUUAAAUACAAAUGAUCAAUUGAUAUUGGAUCAUUUUCAACAUAUCAUUUGGCAUGUUAAUAAAAAAUAUGGGAUUAUUGAAACUCUUCUACGGCGUUAUUUAUUCGGUACUGAUGAUAAAGAAUUAAAAUUUCCAGUUGAUGGAUGGAUUUCAUACGUAAAGAAUGAUAAAGAAAAUUUUUUAAAACAUGGUGUUAGGUUGUUAAGAUUUAUUAUUAAGAAUAAUGAUUUAAAAUUAAUGGAUAAUAUUUAUAAAAAAUGUUUAAAUUAUUUUAAAGAUGAUUUAGAAAACAAUAAGCCGUUUUUAAGCAUUAUUACUACUAAUAUGCCAUUAUUGUCGAAAUAUUAUCCCGAAUAUAUUACGAGAUAUUCAUUGGAUACAAACAUGAUAAUAGAUUCCCCUGAUUAUAAAAUCGAAUAUAUUAUCACUUCACAACUUUUUCCAUUUUCUGAAAAUCUUAAAAUAGUUAAUUUAACACGAUCUCUUAUUUGGACAAAAAAUAUUUAUCAAAUGGCAAAAUUUUUUGAUAGUAAUAUAAAUAUAAAUAUAGCAAGGUUAAUGAUAGUUGGAUUAUCUUUGUAUGCAUAUAAAUUAACCAGGAAAUUCGUGAAGAAAGUGAAGAAAGGAUAUUUGUAUUGUAAUUAUUACGUGGGAAGUAAUCUAUUGAGAGAUUUGAAUAUUCUAACAAAUGAUUGUUGCGCUUGCACUUCCAUUUAUCUUAAAUCUUCACCAAUAAAAGAGUAG